AUGGUGCACAUCGCUGGAGCCGAGACGGCAUGGGCCAUGUGGGAGCAGCUCCACACAGUCAAGGAACAGUGUGGACAGCAUGGAAUUCUCGCGCUGUGCCAGCGUUUUUACCGGAUGCAAGCCAAGGAAGAAGACAAUAUCUCCAAUCAUAUCACACAGCUACGACAGAUCCAGGAACAACUCCACCUAAUGGGGAAGGUUGUUUCUGACGAGGAUUUUUGGCUCAUCCUGACCACUUCAUUACCGGAGAGCUGGGAUUCUUUCCUCAGCUCUUACUUUGGUGCCGUGGGCGGCAAUGUUGGCGCCGAAGGUGCUGACAACGUGCGCCCUCAGCUUACACCACAAGAAUUGAUUGCCAUCAUUCUUGAUGAAAAUAGGCGAAGGCAUGAGCAUGGCGAGCGUGGUCAAUCCUCGGACCAAGCCAUGGUUGCCAAAGGAAAGAAGCACCCCUUUGGGGAAUACAAAAAAUGUUCGAUCUGCGGAAAGCCGGGACAUCUUGGUAACGAGUGUCGGCACCGCGACAAGGUCAAAUGUAUGAAUUGUGGAAAAUUCGGGCAUAAGGCCACGGAUUGUUGGGCCAAAGGCGGCGGCAAAGCCGGAUAG